CAUAACGUAUACUAUACGUAUACUAUAAUUUUCACUCUCCGUCUUUUACAACAAACAAGAGAGCACCGGAGAGUAUUCUUUAGUUUUCCGGUUUCUGUAGGUUAAGAAAAAUAAGGAGGACAUUUGGGCAACUGACACAAAUGAAUAUUAAUCUGAUAGUGAAUCUCUUAUGAACCUCUUGAUGGAAAAAGCAUUUGGUUAUGAAUGGAUUUGAAGAGAAAUAAUUUGAUUUUAAAGAAAAACUAUAAUGAUUUUUCAAUAAGAGACAUUUCGGUGAGACUUACACCUAUAUCAGAGCAAUUGAAAAAAACAAAAGUAAACAUACAUUGUCUUAAAGAUUCUUAUAAUAAGAAGAGACGCAGAUAUUUUUGGAAAUUUGGAAAUUACAACCGUGAGAAUAAUCUCAAACGUAAGUUAAUUCAGACUAAAAAAACGAAAGAAAAUACGAAAUCUACUAUUGAAGUUACAUCAAAAUCAAAUACAGAUAAGAUGGAUAGGCACAUACACUUACAUGAGCAAUCAUGUGAAGAAGAUAAAAAUUCGUAUGUAGAAGAUACAGAGACGGAUGAUGAAAUUUUUACUUUGUCGACACAUGAAGCAGAGAGUGAAGAAGACUCAGAGUCUAAUGACGAAUCUGGCGUGUCUGCACGUACUUUAUCAUAUGACUUUCAUCGGAAGAUUAUUAGAUCACUGUCAUCUAACGUUGCAGCAAAUAAAAAAACAAGCGGCAAUUCUUUAUCGUCACUUUCUUUAAACAAUGGAAUACAUAAAAAUAGGCAUAAGCAGAAUGAUAAAACUUUUGUGUCUAAAUAUGACUUGUUUCAAAACAAAACUGAAAAACUAUUACCAGAAAAACUGAUGCGUAAACAGCGGAAACACGAUUCCACAAAUUUUAUACAAAAACGGUUAAAUAAGUGGAAGUUUAAAAGAAAGGCUUCACUUGAUGAAGAAUCAUCAAGUGAGCUGCCUGUACCAAAGAGAAGAUGUCAAAAUAUUAUAUUUGUUUCAUCUGAUAGUGAAGAUAAUGAAAAUACAACUACAAGUAAUGUAAAAGUGCUCUGUGAUGGUGAUCCAAGAAAGCCUCAUUCAUCUCAUGAAAGACUGAAUCAAGAAGAAUCGCAAACAAGCAUACAGAUUACUCAAGAGGCACGGAUUAUUUUGACGAAAUUAGAGCAGUUGAAUGACGCAAAUGCUAUUAAAUGGCGAGAGAAGAAAAUGAAGAAUGCUUCCAAGAUGAUUAUAUCUCAGCCACUAGUAGAAGAACAAAUGGAUAAAUCAAAAGUAAUUGAUAGUAAUGAAGAAGUAUCAGAACGUAACAAGAGUUUGCACGUUGAGGUUGAAAGUCCAAUUACUUUGAAACAGAUCUAUCAAAACGAUAGAUUAAUUUCGUCAGAAAACGCUUGUCUAACAGAGAAAAAAGAUAAAACAUUACAGUUGAACAAUCACAGUAAUUUAUCAAACAUGAGGAAGCUAAGGAAGAAAUACAAAUUAUUUAAAAGCCCUAAGGUUCUAAUGAUAGAACUGAAGAAUUUACAAAGUUCUUCCAAGAAUGGUAGAUAUUCAGCUACUGAGAUUGAUCGCUUAACGAUUAAAUUUAUUAACUCUGUGAUACAAUCUAGUUCCUUAUCUAAGUCUAACAAAUCAUUGUAUAGAUAUGUGCACAGAAAGCAAAACAUGACAAACAUUGCUCGCACAGGGGAUGAUGCAAGCUCCAGCAUGUGUGCACAAAGGAUAGACGAGAGUUUUAAACGAUCGGAUAAAGAAGGUGCAACGAAAGACACUCAAGUCACGAACAACAGCGACACGAAUGCAUUUAAGAUUCGUAUAAAUUGUAAAUCCAUGUCUAUUAUUCCACCAAGUCCAAAUAAUCUCUCAUCGUUAAACACAUCGAAAAAGAAGAGUAAUUCGUCGCAGAAAACACUGCGUGAGAUAUGGCAAAAUGCAUUUCUAAAAGAAAAGUUGCCAGGAAAAUCGGACCAGCAAUCCACUUCGUCGCACUCAACGAUGGCAGCAACUUCCUUUACGCGAAACUCAUCGAAGAAAUUAACGGAUACAGAACAUAAAAGUGUUUCUAGUGUUCCAGCUUCCAUACCUACAUCUUCCAAACAAAACAAUACAUCGACCGCAUCUCGUGAAAAAUGUGCUUCUUCGAGGAAGCAAGAAACAUCAUCAAAGUCAACGAGAUCCAAAUCUGAAUUGUCUUUCACCGAUACAAAUUCUUCCGGUACCGCAAACAUUAAAGAAACUAUAGAUAAGACUUUACUUCAACAUAAAGACAGCACUGUGAAAAGUUCGGAAAAAGUCGGUGUAACUAAAAACGUCUUCAGGUGCAACGUGUGCAACGUUCAUUUCGAGAACUACCGACAGCUGCAGAUACAUGAAACAAAUUGUAACAAUAGGCCUUUAGUGAAGACGAGAUCGAUUGAACCGAACCCUUCGGUUAGCAACGUGUCGAAACUCGCUAUGGAUCAAGUCAACAAGCACGAAUCGAGGAAGUCGACAUUGUCGAGAUCACUACAGCAUUCUUCCGUCAAGGAUAAGGAAACAAAGUUGCCCUCAAAUAAGAUUGAUCAAUCUCUUGGCUUGAAUAAACCGAAAAUUACCUCAUUCUCUUCACCGAAAGCAAGCACCGAAACUUUGUCGGUGAGAAAAAUCAAGAUCAAAAAAUGUUUGUUAACCAAAUUGGAUCUAGACGCGCAAAGUAAAGAAAAACUUCAAAAUACUUCUGUCGGAAGUGUCGGUAGCGUACAGUUAAAGUGCCCCGUUUGCUCUAACGUCUUCAAGAAUUAUGUACAGUGCUACAAUCACUUGAAGAAACACUCGAAUUUAAAACUUCGAAAUGCGCAUGAAAAUUACAAGAUGCAGUCUGUGGGCAAUAAAAAUAAUGAUAAGAAUACGGAGAAUUCGAAGAUAGCCGAAGUAAGUUCAGAAAAAAGCGCCAAUGUAAUCGCCAUCGAUGAGCAAGAGAAUAUAAAUAAACUACACGCGGUACCUCGCGUUCACGACAAAGUGUUAAACUCACCGGAAACGGAGAGCACGACGAAGCGAGAAGAACAGACGCUUUCUGCAGCGAGCAGUGCCGAGGGUGAGAAGAAAGGCCACUUCAAGAUCUGCGAGUGCCACAAGACCGCCAAGACGAACGAGACCAACAUUCAGAUCGAGAUAGUGAUAUCGUGCGACGUUUGUAUGACACUGUUUCGACGUCACGAUUGCUUCGAGGCGCACUAUAAGCGCUCGAAGAAAUGUAUAAAGAAUCGAAAACUCGGUAGAAAGCCGACGAUUCUCUGCGGCAAUUGCCACGAGACGUUCGACAGCGUACAGAUAAUGUGGCAUCACCUGAAGACGUGGAGUCCCGAAAUCAAGGGGAUCUUUUCUUGCAACAUAUGCAAGGUGAUGUUUCACGGACCCGGGCCGCACUUUUACAACCACUUUCACAACCACGUGUCGAAGCCGCGCUUCCUGGCCAGCCGCGUGUCGUUUCCGAAACGUUCUUACAUCGGCGUGAAACUUGUCGAGCUGCCGACCGCGGACAGCACCGCUGCAUGGGAAACUUACAUCGAGAUAGCCGACUACGUGUGCGAGAGGUGUAAUGCGCCCUUCGUCGUGAAGCCGGAUUUACUGGCGCAUGAGAAGAUCUGUCAAAGCAAGAAUGUGAAUAUUUUGUUAAUCUGCGGCUUCUGCAGUAAGACAUUCUAUGACAAAAAAUUCUUCGAACAGCACUCGUUGGAGCACAAGACGAAGCAAGACAUUCAUUCGCGUGCAUCUCGCGUGGCCGUCACCGCCCUCACAAGUGUGUUCAUCUGCAAAGUGUGCAUGGCCAUGUCGAAGUCUCGAAAGAUGUUCGAGGAGCACUGGCUGACUCACGGCCCGCUGCAGGAGGUUUACGUCUGUUCUCAGUGCAAGAAUCACUUCGACACCGUCGACCUGUUCCAGGAACACGCGAUCACACACAUGAACAGUAGCAAGAAGCAGUCGAUCACGUGCAAGGUGAUCUUUCGCGACGUCGGCAAUCAGAAUUUUGAAAGGAAUUCGCAGGACGCCGUCUUGGGCGGCGAAGAUCCAUCUCGCGCGAAUUCGGAUUGUUUCACGAGAGAGCAGUCGGCUGGGAGUGUCGCGAGUAAUGAGUCGCGCGAGGAAUCAUCGGCGGCUCCCACAUCGCUAAAUGUACUCGGUAAGAUGAUCGACAAGAUGGCGAAGAACAUCGCGAGCAAAAGCGGCAGAGACAUGCCGCAGAUCGCCCCGACGCCAUCGCAACGUGCGGGGAAACAUAAUAGCAGGGCCUGUGCGGAGGAUUGCUCGAAUAAUGUUACAAACAAGAGUAACAGGAGUAAAUUGGAGAAUUUACUCGCUAGCUCGGAAAAGAAGAAACUGACGAUUAUGUCAGAGAGUGAAGAGAGUGUGAGCGAGAUCCAAAAAUAUAUUGAGUGCUCUGGCAAACUCGCACAAGAAAACGCUGCGAAGUCCAAUUUUGCCGUGAUUUCCGAUGAGCAGGAACUUUCAAACGAUCUGACUCUGAUGAUUCUUGAAACCUCCAGCAUCGCGAGCGAAAACUCAAAUUCUAACGAAAACAAUAACAAAAAUCCUUCGAGAGAAUCAGUGAGACAACUGGACGGAAAUAUAAAUGUUCUCGAAGAUAACGAGACAUCUGUCGGCGACAAGAAUAUCGAAUUCUCAACGACGACGACGACGAUGAUGACGACAACGACAACGACGACGGCGGUGACAACGCCGACGACAGGGGAUGAUCAUGCAAUCAAGAGUAGCGUGGGAUCACGCGAUCAAGAGAGCCCAAGUCGUCCGGCAGCUUCAAAUGCAAACGAUUCGAAUAAAAAUUCCGAGAAAUUGUUGCCGGAAAAUGUUAUGAGCGUCGUGCCCAAGUCCUUUUUGCGCGUGAAAUCCUUGAAAGAGCUGCAAGCACUGACAAGCCCUCGCCACCAAUGCCAUUUAUGCGACUUGCAGUUCGAAUCUCCUACCAAAUUGAACCAACACUCUCAGACGCACGUGUCGAUGACUCAGCAGAAUGAUCAAACACGUUCGCUCAACAAUACGCGGCCAAAGCCGGAAUUUGAUCCUUCGCUUGUGUCCAUGCAAGUCCAGAGCCGUCCUCUUUACUCGACGAUGUGCAGCAACGCGCCUCUGCCUAACAGCACAUCUUCGUCUGGCGGCAUACUUUUAUCUCAUGACGCGCCUGUCAACUCGCAGUCACUCAACCAAAAGGUCAACCAAAAGGUCAACCAAAAGGUUAACCAAAAGAUCAACCGAAAGAUCAAGCAACCCAAACGCUUAGCAAACGCGUUCACUAACGCGUACGGCGCGUCAGCGAACAAUCCUGCAAAAGUCUCAUCGAGUAGAGCCCAGAACCAGAGCGGAUUCCAAUCGUUAAUGCCAGCGAGUAAUUCUGUUUCCGCGCCACAGCAAUUAAGGCAGUCGCAGCAAUUGCAGCAACCACAGCAACCACAGCAGAGGCUACAGACGCCAGUCUAUCAUCAAAACUUGCCGUACUGCAUCGCCCAACCGGUAAAUCGAACUGGCCAACUUCUUCAGCAGCGACAGCAGCAGAACAUCGGCACUGCGAAUGUCAAACUGUUCACGCAGGCCGCUUAUCAAGCAGCCAAGCCGCUGUAUUUGCAGCAACAGCAGCAAAAGCAGGUAAACGAUCUUGACUACUUAAUGAACAUGUCUCACUCGAUGGCAUCGAACAACAUGAUGCCAAUGAACUCGGGCAACGUUAUGUACCUGCCUCCAAACACGAUGCAGCAGACACCGAGGGACCCGAGGAGCUGCUUCUCAUACUAUCCGAACUUUUAAGGUUACCGAAACAAGUUUAGAAGUUUUACACAAGUAUUCACUGAAGCACUGGCACGCAGUUGUCACACAACAACUGUGUCUUACGUGCUUCGGCUGUUGAUAAUGAUUACGUUCUGCACGUGAGAUAAAUUAUUCAAUUUUUGCUGCUGACUAGCCGCAGAAAAGAAUUUUAUAUCAAAUAUCACUAUGAUACGACAGUAGCCGCGGAUUAUAAAAGCAAUUAUGAGUUUAAAUACUGUGGCCAUUAUAUGAAAAACAUGGUAAAAAUUUGUAUUCAGUCCGCGGCUGCUUCUGUACAGAGUAAUUUUUUAUAUAAAAUUUUCUCCGUGUGUUUAAAGCAACGCCCGGAACACCUACAGUUUAGUCUUUGCGACUGAGAUAUAAGUCUGUAUUCUAUUUGUUAAUAUAUGUAUAUUAAAUUUUCAAUUAGAAUUUCAGUAUAUUUAAUCCAAUCGCGAGCGCAAUUGAUACAAUUGAUACAAUUGAUACCUUUAAAAGCUGUAUAUAUAAUAUAUAUAUAAUCUAACUGAUAUAUAUAACAAUACUCCAACUGAAAAAAAU